GAACCCUUGAAACGCGGCUUUGGAAAAGCUUUGGAUACCAUUAUGCCUCCUAAACGCGAUUUUAGGUCGAAAAAAAGUUUGAAUGUAGUUACUUUUAAAGGAGGAAAAGCUAUAAGAAAGUCGAAGUUUAGUGUUCCAGUUCGAUAUGCCGCCCAGCAAUUAACUGAUACAACGUCUGUAGUCGCCGGAUCUUCUCUAAACACGUGCGGCGGUUUUUCUCCAGACCAAGAAGACCUUCCCCAUAUUGACGAAUAUCAUGGUUUGAGAACCAACCAAAGAUCUAAAAGUAAAAAAGUGCGACUGAAGCGCAAGUUAAAAGCUUACCAUGAGAGGAAAGCCACGCUGGCUUUGUCUUGGCUCAAUGCGAGAGAGCAGCUCGUCUCAGCGCUGUUGACCAGACAGGCUUUGCCUUUGGGGCAGAUGUGUGUCAUUCCUUUUUGCGAAGAAGAGGCGUGCGGCAGAUGCCUUCACUGCAGUCCAGGGCAAUUCCUAUGCGCAGAUCACAUCAAUUUAGUUCACGCAGGCGGUAGAUCACUUCACCACCCGGAAGUUUGGAAAGAUGGAAGAUUUGUGCCAUAUCAGUUUGGUGAGUGUGUAUGGACCACACCUCACAACAUGGAUCAUGGAUAUGUGCGUGACAUUAUAGCUGUCGGUUUGCAUGGGCAGCAGAAUCCCAUCAAAAUCAAAUGUUGCGAGCAUGAACCAGAAGCCAUAACGCUGGUCAGGAAUGGUUUCUGGCCAUUUACUCCAAAACAGCCCCAGGUAGCCUUUGACCUUGAAUUUAUGGCCUUGCUCCAAUACAUUUUCUUAGAAUGUAGAGUGUCUUUAAGGUCAAUAUGUCAGGCACUGCAGUGGCUGGUCCCACCUGCUUCAAAGGUUUACAUUAAGGACAUCUACCGGCUCCUUGUUGGAGAUUGUUUCUGCGAGUUCCGGUAUAUGUCUAGCAUGUUGAGUAACCUGAAGCAUUUCAAUCCUUCUUAUGAGAAUGAUCAUGAAUGUCCUGCAUGUCCUAAGGAGAAGGGAAGUUUAUUUAUCUCUGUUGAUGCAUUGUUUGGAUGUGUCCGCAAAUGCAGUGCUGGAACUAGUGGAAAGUCCUCAAAUCAUGGAGAGGAACUGUUCAUUAGCCAAGAAAAAGUAGAUACAUUUCUAGCUAAUUACAGCAAAAGACCAAGCAGUAAGUCAAUGGAGCAGUGUAAUCAGUUUCAAGCUGGUUCCAAUCUCCGUUCCAAAAACAAAUCCACAAAGCUCGAUGAGACAGCCCUCUUUGGUGGAGGCUGCAAGCACGAAGUGCCACUGAAGUUUUUCAGCUUAAAGAGAGGAGAAGAGAUUGGAAAUGCUGUGUAUUUGCUAAAAUGGAUUAAAAAUCAUGUGCAAGAUUAAGCUAUCAACAUUCGCUUCUUCUAUGAUAUUGCAUGUGUGCUGGAUACACAUUUGAGAAAUACGCACCAGGAAACAUUGCUUGAAAAUGUUACUCUUGCG